AUGUCUCAUCACGGAAAGAAGAAGCAGUACCCAUCUGCGUUGGUGCUCUCACCUACGAGAGAACUCUCAUUGCAAAUUUACAAUGAAUCGCGGAAGUUUGGCUACCGCACACCAAUCACGUCAGCAUUGCUUUAUGGUGGCAGAGAGAAUUACAGAGAUCAAAUCAACAAAUUACGUCUCGGAUGUCAUAUACUUAUUGCUACGCCCGGACGGCUUAUUGAUGUUAUGGAGCAGGAGUACAUUGGUUUGAGAGGAUGUCGCUAUCUUGUGCUCGACGAAGCCGAUCGCAUGCUUGACAUGGGUUUCGAACCGCAGAUUCGUCAGAUUGUUGAUUUGUCGACGAUGCCUGGUAGAGGUGAACGUGUGACUGCUAUGUUUUCCGCGACUUUCCCUAAAGAGAUCCAGGUACUCGCACAAGAUUUUCUCAUGCCUAACUACGUAUUUUUGGCUGUUGGCAGAGUUGGAUCGACUUCAGAAAAUAUAAUGCAGAAGGUUGUAUGGGUCGAAGAGCAUGAGAAGCGUUCGUAUCUUAUGGAUCUGUUGGAUGCCGGAGGUGAAAAUUCGCUCACGCUGGUAUUUGUCGAAACGAAGCGUGGAGCUUCCGAUCUCUCGUACUAUCUGCAAAAUGCUGGUUAUGAAGUGGUAGCGAUCCAUGGUGAUCUGAAACAAUUUGAAAGGGAGAAACACUUGGAUUCUUUCAGGUCUGGUGCUACCCCAGUAUUGGUGGCAACAGCAGUUGCAGCCCGCGGUCUCGAUAUUCCAAAUGUCAAACAUGUGAUAAAUUAUGAUCUACCUUCUGAGAUAGAUGAGUAUGUGCACCGUAUCGGUCGCACGGGACGUGUUGGAAACAUAGGUCUUGCGACAUCUUUCUUCAAUGAUAAGAACAGAAACAUUGCGAGAGAUUUGAUGGACCUCAUCGUUGAAGCAAACCAGGAACUACCAGAUUGGCUUGAACGUGUUGCUGGUGAUGUAGCACGCUAUGGCACCCGCAGCGGCGGAGGCCGUGGUGGUCGUGGUAGUGGAGGAAACAAAUUUGGAGGUAGGAUUACUGUGAUUUAUAAGGCGGUCAAAGGGAUGCGGUUGACAUUUUGUCCUAUAUCCAAAAAAUGCUUCCUACAUUUUAACAUUUUUGAUUGUAAAAGAACAGUUGCAUAUCCUGCACUUCUGAAAAAAAAACUGUGCGGAAUGUACAUCGAUGCUUCGAUUUGAGA